UUCCUUCCUUCCUUCCUUCUUCCCCCCGUUUCCCCACCUCCUCCGCCCUCUCUCCGCCCAGUUCUUUCCGUGGGGACGGAUCAAUCCACCCAUCGGGCGAGACCACCUGCGGGCUGCGGCGAUGGAGGUGGAGGUGCAGGCGGACCGCGACGGCGCGCGGCGCCGGCUCCGGGACUACCUGCUCGCGCUCGAGGAGGAGCGCCGCAAGAUCCACGUCUUCCAGCGCGAGCUCCCGCUCUGCCUCGACCUCGUCACCCAGACAAUCGAGGGGAUGAAGAGCCAGAUGGGCGGCGCCGCCAGCGAGGAGACGGUGAGCGACCACGACGGGCCCGUGCUCGAGGAGUUCAUCCCGCUCAAGCCCAGCCUAUCCCCGUCCUCCUCGGAUGACGAGACUAGCACCCACGCCCCGGCGCCGGUCUCCAACGCUAAGGCCGAGACGCCGCCGCCCACGCCCACGCCCACGCCGGAGACCAAGAAGGCGAUGCCGGACUGGCUCCAGUCCGCGCAGCUUUUGACAUGGAGCGAGCCCCAGCAAUCAUCGUCUCUUCAAAAGGUGCUGCCAUGCAGACCGGUGGCCCUGAACGCCACCAGGACCGGGGGAGCGUUCCACCCCUUUGAGAAGGAGAAGCAGCCGGAGGCUGAGCUGCCGGCCUCGUCGACCACGGCGCCGGCAAGCUCGGCGUUGGUCGGAGACAGCGGCGACAAGGCCACCAGCGACACUGAGGUGCACGACAAGGACAGCAAGGACGCCACUGAGAAAGACACAGACAAAGACAAAGAGGGGCAGUCGUCGCAGCCGAACCGGAAGCCACGGCGGUGCUGGGCGCCGGAGCUCCACCGCCGGUUCCUGCAAGCACUGCAGCAGCUGGGCGGGUCCCACGCAGUGGCGACACCGAAGCAGAUCCGGGAGCUGAUGAAGGUCGACGGCCUCACCAACGACGAGGUCAAGAGCCAUUUGCAGAAGUACCGUUUGCACACGUCAAGGCGGCCGAGCUCCACGGCCCAGAGCAGCGGCGCCGCCACCACCACUCAGCCCGCGCCGCAGUUCUUCGUGGUGGGCAGCUGCAUCUGGGUUCCCCAGCAGGAGUAUGCCGCUGCGGCCGCCGCCGCGGCAGCAGCAACAGAUGCAACAAAUGUGGCGCCGGGAAGCGCGAACAAAGUAUACGCUCCGACGGCGACGUUGCCAUCAGGGGUGAAGCCACACUCAAAAGAGCAGUCGAGUAGGCGGUCGGAAGGCCCGAUGAGCGGCGACACGGGCGGCGUUAACUCGGACUCGGACAACCCAGCUAUGUCGUCGUCGUCGUCGCAAACCACAUCUGCAGGGCAUCCUUAGCGUAUAACCUUCGGAGUUGGGACCUACAUAGCCUAGAGAAAUAGAGUGUAUAAGAUCACAUUUUGCAGCAAGGUAGGCCACAUUAUUUGUUGUUGUACACACAUGCAAGAGAGACUAGAAAAUACGAGUAAAUAGCAAAAAAAAAAAAAAUGAAAACACUGAAAAUCUUGCGUUGGAUCUUUAAGGAUGCCAAAUCUGAUGUUCUCCAUGGUAAUAUACAUCUAUAUCUUUAUCUUCA